AAUACAACGGCAACUGGGAUUGAGCGUGAACUCGAAAAUAUGUUUAAAUAGACCAAUUUCACCCAAAAGUAGAUCAACUUUGUGGAUGCUCUUAAAUGGAAGUCGGGUUGGGGAAGCUAUGUAAGACCACUAGAGGCCACUAGACUCCUGCAAAUGACAUAUUUCACUAAAGAAAACUACAAAUGUAUCAUGUAAUGGAAGCUAAUGUCUCGAUUCUAAUCAGCUAUGGCGAAGGAGCAAGCAAAAAACAACAAUCAAAGAGUAUGGAAAAGAUAUGUCCGGUUGUGCACAGCAGGCUUUUAGUUUCUGCUCGCUGGCAGAAGACAGCUGAUGAGUCCUGCACUAUCAACGUCUUCACCAAUGGACAAAUUCUGGUUCCACCUGCUCGGGUGCGCAUCCCUAAGUAUACUCUUCGGAGCUGGGAAAAAGUUUUAACCAUGGUCGCUGAGAAAGUUAACCUUCGUACUGGUGCGGUAAUCAGGCUCUGCACACUCGAUGGAUGUGCAAUAUGUGGUUCCUAUGAGUUGCAGAACCACCAGUAUUAUGUUGCUGUUGGAGCGGAAAAGUUUAAAGCACUUCCAUACAGCCAGUGUGUCCCUGGCAGAGAUAUAAUGAGGAGAAACAUUGUUGAACACAGUGACAUAAAUCCCGCUGCUCGUAAGAAGAGACAUGCAAAGACCGUGUUUCCGAUCGGCAGCUUUGGAGAGGACCUUGAGAACGCAGGCAGGGGUCGGAUCAAGAAAGACACGGCCCAGUCAGAGAGAUCCAACCAACAAAGACAGGUUUCCACAAACCCAGUUUCUCUCUCCAUAGGAGAGGGCAGUGUGUUCAAUGCACAAAACAAAAGAAGUGAGAUUGUGGGAGCCGCGGAGGUGCCAGACGACCGGCAGUUGAAAGUGGACCUGCCAAUUGAUCAGGUGGAGGCCAAGACUGUCGACGAGGACGGGAGUUGUUCGACGAAUCCCAGUGUGACCCCCCGCCAUGACUCAGGCAGCUCAACCCUGCUUAAGUCUCCAGCGGCAGGUUCCACUGAGAAUGGGACUCAGGAGAGAGCGGCGACUUCUCGGCUGGUUGGACCACGGUCACGGAUGUCCCGCUUUCUCAAGGGAGCACAGUGAUAUUCCAUCUGAAGAAACACUGGACCAAAGUAGCGCUCAAGGACGUGGAAGCCUCCGCCAAAACUCCGGGUCUCCUCCACUCAGACGCUCCUGGCCGCCCGUGGGACUUUUCGUCUGAGCGAGCGAUGGGUUUGAACUUGCUCUCCACUCGGGAGAAAAUCAAAUCCUCGUGCACUUUCAUCAGCUGUCAGAGUCGGACGGAUAUUUCUGCCGGGCCAGACAGGAAAUGAGGCUGUUCAGUUCCAGCUUCUCGCAGGGCUCUUGUCAUUUAGUCUUGCUUUGCUACAGAUGUUCUAUCAAAGUAAGCCAUUGUUGGGAUCUGUCUCCUUAAAAGCUAAAUGCUUCCAUUCAGCACUCCCAAAAUACUGCGCCGCUCCUCUUUCAUCUCUGCUGCUCUCGCUCAUCUCCUGUCUCGCUCUGCCUCCACGCUGAUAUCGUGACUUCAUUUGGGCCUGAGUUGGCUUCAAGCACAAAAUCAAUUCCCAAAAGGUCAGCCGGGGUCAGCGGCCGAGCCGGAACCGGAGCAAAGUGGAUUACUGGUUAUCGUGCAGCCAACACGGCCUCCGUAUCGGGACAUCCGUGACCCAGAUAUGGCAUCGGCAUUAUGCACCAGGAGACAAUCUCAAGGUAUGAAAUGUGGCAAAGGCGUGUGCGGACGAAGAAGCAAAACACAUUCAUUCAGUUAUUCUCUGCUGAGAAUUCAAUGUUUUUCAUUCCCAGAUUCCACAGGAGGAGCGACGCAAUUUCUAUGCUUUCACCAUGAGCUUAAUAUAUAUAUGUGCGGCGCUUUCAUUCCAAGAGAAAGCUCCCAACUCAAAUGUGUAAAUCCACUGUGAAGCAAAUAUCAGGGAAGAAAUGAUUUCAAGAGGCAGUGGUUGAUACUGGAGGUGGAUGGAACGUCCAGCACUGUGGGCUGGUUGGAUGUUGAAGGGCUCAGGCAGCUGUCGGACCAGGAACUGGGAUCCAACUUAAAAUACUGUAUCAUAUGAAAUACAUUCACAUGUGUCCAAUAUUUAUUUUUCUAACUAAGAAUUGCAGUCUGACAAAAUUGUAUGUUAAAUGAUGCAUAUUUUUUUGUGUCAUGUCAUAGGGCCCCAUUCUGUGCAAAAGGGAAAAAAAAAACAAGGUUAGGCUUUUUACUUUAUGUAUUUAUUAUUUUAUUUCUAGUAUAGCAUUAUUAAAGAACUGAAAAUACAGUACUUAAAAUAUGUAUAAUUUAUAGAAUUUUACGUGGUAUAGUUUUAAGAGUUACAAAAAUAAAAAAGUGGGAAAAAUGUCAUACUUAUAAGAAAGAAAUAUCUGAGGGAAAACAAAUAAUUUGACACCGAUUAAAACGUAUUAAAACAAAAUAUCUGGGUGCGAUAUUAAUUUAUAAACAGUUGGAAAAAUUCACAAAUGCACAUGAAUUAAUUCAAUUACCGUUAAAAAAAUAAAGAAGAAAAAGGCAUGAAAAUGAUUUUAAAUAAAAUUAUUUCAUUUUUAAAUCCAAUUUAAAUGUUUGUCUCUCUUUUUUCAUGCAUUAAAAUAAAUUGAAAAAUAAAGAAUAAUAAAGAAAAAAAAAGCAUUCAUAAAUGCAAGAAGCUUGCAACCGUCUACUGAAUACCAAACAAAGGAACAUUUCCAGGGUCAACUUCUGCACUGAAAUCAUAAAGGAUAG